ACCGGCUCUCGGGGCCCCUCCCCGCCGACCUCGGCAGGAAUUCGCCGCUGAGCUUCGUCGACCUGUCGGAGAACUCGAUAUCGGGGGAGAUCCCCGCCGGCAUUUGCGACGGCAGCGCGCUCGAGCAGCUGCUGCUCCUCGACAACCAGCUCUCCGGCCCGAUCCCCGCGUCGCUCGCGCGGUGCCGGACGCUGAUGCGCGUGCGCCUGCAGAACAACGGCCUCUCCGGCGAGGUGCCGGCGGAAUUCUGGGGGCUGCCCCACGUCUGGCUGCUUGAGCUCGCCGCCAAUUCUCUCUCCGGCGGCAUCGCCCCGGAGAUCUCCGCUGCCGCGAACCUCUCCCAGCUCCUAAUCUCCGACAACCGGUUCUCCGGCCCCAUCCCGGAGACCAUCGGCGAUUUGCCGAACCUCUACGAAUUCUCCGCCGCCAACAACCAUUUGGACGGGCCUCUCCCCAAUUCCCUCGCCAACUUAUCCAAUCUCGGCCAAUUAGACCUCCACAACAAUUCAUUAUCAGGGGAGCUGCUGACGGGGAUUCAGAAUUGGAACAAGCUCACCCAAUUGAACCUCGCGGCGAACGAGCUCACCGGCGCCAUCCCGCCGGAGCUUGGGAAGCUCCCGGUGCUCAACUACCUCGACCUCUCCGACAACCUCCUCACCGGGGAGGUCCCGGCGCAGCUGCAGAACCUCAAGCUCAACCAGCUCAAUUUGUCGAACAACCGGCUCACCGGAACCCUGCCGCCGCUCUACGCGAGCGGCGCCUACGCCAACAGCUUCCUGGGCAAUCCCGGCCUGUGCGGCGGCGCCUCGGGCCCCUGCCCCGGCCGUCGCGCGGGCGUCUCCGAUCGCCGCGACAUCAUUUGGAUUCUCCGAGCGAUCUUCGUGGCCGCGGCGGCAAUUUUCGUACUCGGGCUCGUUUGGUUCUCGGUCAAGUACCGGAGCUACAAGAAGAGCAAGAUCAGGAUCGACAAGUCGAAAUGGAUGCUCACGUCCUUCCACAAGCUCGGCUUCAGCGAGUACGAGAUCAUGGACUGCUUAGACGAGGACAACGUGAUCGGAAGCGGCGCGUCGGGGAAGGUGUACAAAGCCGUGCUCAGCAACGGCGAGGCGGUGGCGGUGAAGAAGCUGUGGGGCGCGCCGGCGCGUAAAGAAUACAACAACGACAACGACGGCUUCGAAGCGGAAGUGGCCACUCUGGGGAAAAUUCGCCACAAGAACAUUGUGAAGCUGUGGUGCUGCUGCACGCACAAGGAGUGCAAGCUGCUGGUUUACGAGUACAUGCCGAACGGCAGUCUUGGGGACCUGCUGCACAGCAGUAAGGGGGGGCUGCUCGAUUGGCCGACCAGGUAUAAGAUCGCGCUGGACGCGGCGGAGGGGCUCUCGUACCUGCACCACGACUGCGUCCCCGCGAUCGUGCAUCGCGACGUCAAAUCGAACAACAUACUCCUCGACGGCGAAUUCGGGGCCAAGGUCGCUGAUUUCGGCGUCGCCAAGGUCGUCGGAAUGGGGCCCAAGUCCAUGUCGGUCAUCGCCGGCUCCUGCGGUUACAUUGCUCCGGAAUAUGCGUACACGCUGCGCGUGAACGAGAAGAGCGACAUAUACAGCUUCGGCGUGGUCAUCCUAGAGCUCGUAACCGGGAGGCGCCCCGUCGAUCCGGAGUUCGGGGAGAAGGAUUUGGUGAAGUGGGUGUGUAGCACAUUGGAGGAGAAAGGCAUCGACCACGUGUUCGACAAGAAGCUCGAUGUAGCAACCUUCAAGGAGGAGAUGCGCCGAGUCCUCAGCAUCGGCCUUCUCUGCGCGAGCUCCCUCCCCAUUAACCGCCCCUCAAUGAGGAGGGUUGUUAAGAUGUUGCUCGACGUGAACCCAGACAACAACAACAGCAACAACAACAACAACAACAACAUCUUCAACAACUGCAAGCAUGAGAGGGAUGGGAAGCUGUCUCCUUACUACCAAGAAGAUGCUUCUGUCUAAGCUCGCAAGCAUGUUCGAAAUCGUUUGCGCUUUCACUAGCGCAAUUACAUGUCGUUAUCUGAAAUUUAGAAAGUUGACGUAAACUAAUUAUGAAUUCUGUAGCCGUUUAGUUUCGAUCAACCGUCUCGACAAUUAUCAAUUAUGUAAGCGAUCGGCUAAUCCCAGAAAGAAGAGAAAUGCUCGUUGAUUGAAACGAUUGUAAAGUUCUUAUAUAUAAUUUUCAAAGUUUAGACAGUGUCGGCGGCAUAUUAUGCUUUCCAGUAACAUGCACUUGUGCCUUUUUGUUUU